AUCGCAACGUGCCUGAUGCAUUGUGGGUAAAUGACAUUGACGAUAUGUCGCAAGAUGGCGUCCGACAAUGAGGACUUAGAAGACUUGGAAGCUUUGAGGCAAGCUGCUCUUGCAACAGUGAAAGCACGAACAAAGGAUGUGCCCGCUUGUGAUCAGUCUAUUGCUGGUAAAGUUUCCUUUGGAAAUGAAGAUGGUGAUGAUGACCUUUUAGCACUUAGAGAAGCUGCACUGAAAAGUAAGGGACGUACAGCUACUGUUGAUCCGGUAGAUAAAGCAAAAGACAUCUUUCUUAAACAGAAACAUGCCAAAAAGAAUCCUCAGCAUAAAUUGAACCCUUACACUUCACAGAGAAACGGUAGCUGGAGAAAAACAGCAUCAGAGCGCCGCCAAAGGCAUUUGAUUGUUAUUCCACUAGAAUCUUCACGUGCUGGUUCCCUGGGGACCGAGGAUUCAGCUUCAAGUUUGAAAGUUGUGGUUCCUCCAGAGAAUCUGGCGAGUGAGCCAUGUGACAGUAAGUCAACAAAAGAGCAAUCUGACGGCACAACAGAAUCGACGACAGAUGAAUCAUGUCUUGUCAAAAAAAGAAAGGUUGGGAAAUUUAGUCGUUACGAUGCUGAUGAAGAUUCUGAAAGUGAUGAAUCUGUUUUAGAUUCUUCUGAUCUCUCCUCUCCUACAGUGACCCACACUGCAAACAACAACAACAGUAAGUUAGAGUCUGACUCUGAUUCAGAUUGCUGUCAUUCACUCACCUUGGACACCCGGAUUGUCACUCAAGAACGACCUCUGGAGAAAGAUGAGAAUUCCGACACCGAAAGAACUGUGGAUAGUAUUUUGUUUGAAGAUAAACUUUCAGACUGUUUAUUACAGGAGUAUGAUGAACCGUUGUUGGACAUUGAAGAAAAUGGCGAUAUUGAUGAUGCGAUUGAGGGGAAAUCACCUGAAAACCUCACCCCAGAAAUUCCAUGUUCUGAGUUGCUUGAUGCUGAGCCCCUUGAUUCGGAACCACUUGAUUCUGAGCAACUUGACGGAGGACAUUCCACAGGACUUGAAGUCUUUGAGGCAAGGAAACGCAAGUUUGAUUCCACCAAAGAAAUAUCACCUUCCGAAUUGAAAAAAACUAUCUCUCUGAAGGGCAUUGUACCUAAAUCUAGAAAACAUCGUAAACACCACCGAACAAGUGAUGCAUUACAUUCCAGCAGUGAAAAGGAAUCGGUAUUACACUCACGUGAUCUGAGAGAACGAAAUUAUGAUGAGGCUGAUACUUCAAAGCCUUUGUCAUUCGUCAGUCAACAUCGAAGAGAGCGUGGACAUCGAAGAGUCCACAAACGUUCGCGUAGCCGCAGCGAGAGCAAAUACGGUGGUGGAAGCUUGUCUGAUGAUGUUAGCCAAUCAUUACAGAAAAGAGAUAAAGUGUCCGUUCGACAAAGACGGUCUGGGAGUAGUUCUAGUAGUAAACGUUUUGUUUACCCUGUCUCGAAUAAUGAGGGUAAGCAACGGAAAGUUAUUCAAAAGGAAGAUGGCAGCAGUUGGGUCUGUCGUAAAAUUAUUGCAAGCAAAUAUUUAUCUGAUCAAAGUGACUCUGAGGAAUGCAACGAGAACACAUUUUUAAAAAAACAUUGUCAGUCAAAUUCUCGCAAAUUUGAUCUUUUGGACUCAGUUAGUUCUGUGAAACAGGAGCACAAACCCAAAUCCGUGCUGGCACACAACAGAAUUCAAAGUAAACACUCAGCUGUGAGAGGUUGGAUUAGCCUUAUGGAAGAUCGAUCAAAAAGAAAAAGGAUUACAAAAGAUUCUAGCCGACAUCUACAACAGACCAGUGAAGAUCAGACUUAUUUAGAAAGGCCACCGAAAAGCCCAGUGGUGAACAUUACUUUCAACUCAGGUAGUCAUACUUUUCAACAGAAAGACAGUGUGGAAGAUCGGUUGUCUGCACAUCAGCGGUUAGGGGUGGUAUCAAAAUCAAAACAGGAGUCUUUUGAAAAAAGCAAGGAGAAGCACCACAGUAAAAAGGAGAGCAAGAAAACCAAAAUAGUGUCACAUUGACCACAACCUGGCUCUCCACCUUGCCACAUCAUUUUUCAGGAUUGUUCAAAGGAAAGUGAACUUGAUCGAAAAAUUCAACGUAUUCAAGAAAUGAAUGCUGCCAUUUUAAAGCGACAACAAGAAGUGUUGAAAGAUAAAGAGCAGUAUGGUUGAAUGUGUGGAUCAUGGAUUACUGGAUUAGUAAAAAAAAAAUGUAAAGAACAAAGAAUACAAACUUAACUGAGAGUGAUGAAAAUAACCUGAAUAACUUGUUUAAACAAUACAGUUAACUAAGUUCUAUUCUUUGAGAUUAUUUACUGUUUUUCCUCCAGGUGACCAACAUGUCGGUAAUGUUUGCUUAGCAUCUGAGGAAAGGACUUGACUAUGUAUAAUCUCUCUCUAUCUUCUUGCUGACCCCCCCUCUUUCCUUUAAUCUCUCUUCUUUUUCUUUCUCUCUUUCUCUCUCUCCUCUCCCCCUUUCUCUCUCUUUUAAUUUAUUCAGGUUACUUGACUGAAGCGAAACUCUUAAGUUUCUGAAUAUGUAACUUAUAUUUCUGGAAUAAAUUCUUGGGCAGAAAAAGAAUAUCUCAGUUCUAAAAAAAAAAAAAAGAAAAGAAAAAAAAGUUAAAAUAAAGCAAUGAUUGUUUUUUUAA